AUGCCCGCCGAAAGGAAGAGAUCCAUCAUCGGAAAGGUCCUUAGCGGCGUGAAGAUCAAGAUGGAAAGAGCCAUCAACGGCAAAUACCAGCGCCACUUUUGCGAAUCUAACAAGGUCGAGCCCUCGCACUGCCGCCGCCUGGUCAUGAUCGAGUGCACCUUUGACUUCCGCGUCAAAGCGGACGAGUUCAACAACAUCAUCACGAACUGGUUCGACCCGCACCACGGCACGCUGCCCACGAAGCUCUACAGGAAGAUGGCCAGCAUCGGCGUCAGGAAGGAGCACGCUGACGGCGUGCGCACCUCAUUCCGCGUCUUUCUGCUGUUUGGCGAGGAUAUCCCGAUCGACAUGGUCAUGAAGCGGGGGCUUCUAGUGUGA